AUGCCUAUAGAUUCAGAGUGCGAUUAUGACUUGGUGACAAAAGAGUGGCUUUUAGCCAAAUUGCGUUCAGACGAGAGAGAUACAAUUUUGAUUGACUGUCGAGGGUCUAAUGAAUAUGCCGUAUCCCACAUUCGUUCUGCAGUGAAUUUCUCGAUUCCGAGUAUAAUGUUGCGACGAUUAUCUGCUGGAAAGAUCGAGCUAGCUUCUACUGUUCAAUGUAAAGAACUAAAAGCUCGUAUCACGCAUUGCUGUUCGAGAGGAACUUUCGUGUUGUACGGUGACGGAGCCCCGCGGGAUCCAGACUCCGUGCACGGCAUCCUGCUGAAACGGCUCAAGCAAGAUGGCGUGCAGGUGGUUUGUUUAGAAGGUGAUUUCUGCGAGUUCCGUCGUGCGUAUCCUGAGUGGUGCAGUGAGGCCGGGGCGCAGCAAGUGCCGCACCUGCCGUUGAUGGGACUGCGUUCCCUCCGUAUAUCUGGUUCUGGUUGUGACGACGCUCUCUCAUCAGGCUCGUCUUCUGAGUGUGAGGACAUGCACACACAUGCGCCGCAAGACUUCCCCAUAGAGAUCCUUCCUAACCUGUACCUCGGGAACUCCAACAACAGCGAGGACUGUGAAGCGCUGGCCAGACACAAUAUUAAGUACGUGUUGAAUGUGACUCCGGAUUUGCCGAACACAUUCGAGGCUGACGGUUGCGGCAUCAACUAUCUCAAGAUACCCAUCGCAGACCACUGGAGCCAGAACCUCGCGGUGCACUUCCCUCAGGCCAUACGAUUCAUUGAGGAGGCGAUGUCAGCGGAGGUGGGCGUGUUGGUGCACUGCGUGGCGGGCGUGUCUCGCUCGGUGACCGUCACGCUGGCCUACCUCAUGCAGCGGCACCGGCUGUGUCUGCGGGACGCCUUCGAGCUGGUCCGCAGCCGCAAGACGGACAUCGCGCCCAACUUCCACUUCAUGAGACAACUGCACUCCUUCGAGAGAGACCUCGGCCUGCACGAGCGGAGCGCCAGCCUCGCCAAGCGCGUGUGUGUGGCAGGUGCUGGCGGAGCUGGGCGGGGCGGGCGCGGGCGCGGGCUCGGCCUCCUGCGGCUGUGCGGCGCCCGUCUGCGAGCGGUGCGGCGUGUCGCCCGACUCCGGCAUAGAGUUCGACCGCUGGAGCGCCGCCCGCGACACGCCGCCCUAAUAAAAUAUAUAUAA